CCUAAUGUGAAUAAUUGCUUGCGUGGGCCUUCCGCCUCUAUAAUUUGAUCGAAGAGAGUGGGAUCGAGGUGGAGCAAAUUGGCCAUGGCGGAAGGGUUCAAGAUCGAUCAGCAGCACGGUAAGAGCAGGAUUAGGGUUGCCAGGGUCUGGAAGAAUGUCGACGGCAGCGGCGACGUGAUCGUCGAGUGGAACGUGGCCAUCAGUCUCUUCUCCGAUUGCCUUCCCGCCUACACCUCCGGCGACAACUCCGCCAUCGUCGCCACUGAUUCCAUGAAAAACACUGUAUAUGCGAAGGCGAAAGAGUGCACGGAAGUCAUUUCCAUGGAGGGCUUCGCCAUUCUUCUUGGGAGGCACUUCGCCUCAUUCUAUCCUCAGGUUAGCGCAGCUGUGAUCAAUAUAGUUGAGAAGCCAUGGGAGCGGGUGGACGUUGAUGGCCGAUCGCACUCGCAUGGUUUCAGACUGGGCUCAGAGAAACAUACAACAGAAGUCAAAGUUGAAAAAUAUGGUACUGUAAGUAUAACUUCUGGAAUUGAAGGGCUUGCACUGCUGAAAACUACACAGUCAGGAUUUGAGGGAUUUGUAAGGGAUCACUUUACCCUUCUCCCAGAGACAAGGGAGAGGAUGGUAGCAACUGAAGUCACUGCUUCUUGGAGGUAUUCGUUAACACAUAUUUCAGACAUUCCUGCUAAGCAAUUUUGUUUCACGGAAAGGUAUCUGGGCGUGAAGAAGGUUCUUGUAGAUACCUUCUUUGGCCCUCCAGUGGAGGGUGUUUACAGCCCAUCAGUUCAGAAUACACUGUACCUCAUGGCAAAAGAUGUUCUGAACAGGUUCCCUGAUAUCACAUCAGUAAAGCUUAGAAUGCCAAACAUCCAUUUCUUACCCGUGAACUUAUCAAGCAAAGAUAAACCCAACCUGGUAAAGUUUGCUGAUGAUGUCUACAUGCCAAUAGACGAACCACAUGGAACAAUAGAAGCAACACUUAGCCGAACCAUGUCCAGGCUGUAAACACAGAACCAUUUAACACUCUAGACAAUAAGGUCUUAAUUCACAGGUUACAUUUGCUGAUGCUCCAUUCUGCUUAUCUUGUUUCAUCCAUCAAGCUUGCUGUAUCAGUUUCAUGCUUCUGUCUGUAGUAGUCUAUAUAUAACAACUCGUUCAAAAUUCUGUAGUGCCAAGUACUCUCAUGAUGACAAUAAGCUUUGAUUGAUUGUUUCUUUC